UAUAUAUGUAUAUAUAUCUAGCCAAAGAAGAAGAUAUAUAUGCGUAUAAGCUGAACGCGGCGCACUCUGCUCUGUUUUUUCUUUUAUAAUUACUUUUGGCUAAAAUUAGAAAACGUGUGUGUUGCGCCAGUGAGUGUGAGUGUGUGUCUGCCUCACUAGCACUAGUAUCUGUGUCUGGCUAUAUCUCUGGUACAUCAUCAUCAUCAUAGACGUCGUCAGAGACGAUGUCUUCUGCGGCCGUGUGUGUGCCAGAAAACACUCGUCGCCAGUGAAUCAGACUAAGACUAAGACUACGACUACGACUACGGCUACGGGCUAUAUAGACAUCGGGCGAAGAUCGCGUAUACGGCUAGACAAACAUUAUCUAUCGUAUAUCGUGCGGCGGCGAGGAUUACACUUACAACUCGGCGACGAAGACGAAGACGAAGACGAGGCCGAGACGAGCCGAUCUCUCAAUCUCGCGCGCGUGAAAAUUCUCGUGAAGGAAAACCGCUUGUAGAAGAGUGAAGGAAAAAUCCAACGCCACGCGACCUUACCUCUCUCGCUCUUUCUCUCUCUCCCUGUCUCUCGUUCAAUUGGGGGGCGAGCAGCGGGGCGUGGCCGUGCGUCGACUCCAAAGCGCUCAAGUGAAACGUGUAGCUGAACAACAACAAGAAUUCUAAACAAAAUUUUUUUAUUCAAACACAUUCAAACAAAUUUAUCCAACACAGAUAGUUUUGGCAAAGAUAAAAAGAAAAACGCGACGGGCAAACAAAAUGAGUCACCAGCGACAGCAACAGCAACAACAACAAUAUCUGUGGCAUACAGAAAAGUGUUAACAAAUUAAUGCUACAAAUAGUGAAUAUCAGAAGCAGUCGAAAAAAACAUUCUUACCCCCAAUUGCAUCUCUCUCCCGAGCAAUCUGUGUCUCUUUUGCCCCUGCUGUCGCUCAAAAUGCUACGAAACUAUCGAAAGUAUUUGCAGGAUAAACGGAAAUACGACAAGGCACAACGAGGACGCAGCAGCAGCAGUAGCAGCAGCAGCAACAUUUGUCACGUUUAAACGAGAAUUGAGAAGGAUAUUAUCAGACCAGUAGGAACCCCCUAGAAGGAGCCACUCCAGAAGCAACUGCAACGGUUAGAGCUGAGCUUUUAGCCAGAAGAGGAAGAUCCUUUCAGAUUUUGUACAUAAAAUCAGGGCAAUAGCAACAACAAUUUUGGAGGACGCCAUGUAUGCGCAACAUUUGCGCAAAUGGAGUCUAAAAACAAAAAAGCCACUAAUGCCAUUGAUAUUGCUAAUUAUCUACGUCAGCAACAUGCUGCUGCCGACGACAGCAGCAGCCGCAGUGGCAGCCACACACCAACAGUUGCAACAACAACCACAGCAACAGCAGCAACAGCAGCAACAACCACAAAGAUUAUGGGAAGGCAGUGCAGAAGAAAGCAGCUACUAUAUACCACUGACUUUGGAUAAUGGCAGCGGGAGCAGCAGUGAAAGCGCCAAGAGUACUGGCAGUACCAGUGGCAGUGGCAGCCUCAGUAGCAGCAACAUCGACAACAAUAUCUUAAGUAGGCUGCUCAGCCGCACCAGCAAUAGUCUUAGUAGCCGUAUCAAUCUUAAGUUAAAGCCAGCAACAGUAUUCGACGCCGGCAGCAAUGCAGCUGUACAGCAACUGCAACAGCAAGAGCAACAGAAGCCACAGAUGCAACAGCAGCAAGUGCCACAUGCUGCUGCCGCCGUGUCAAUGCAGCAGUCAAUGCAAAAAGUUCCAAAUACUUUAAUAAAUAGUCAAAUAUAUAAUUUAUUAAACAAUGGCAGGCCCAGCGAGGCGGCGAACAGUAAAAUGCGUCGCCAUAUACCAACCACUCAGUUGCAACAGCAACAACAGCAGCCAAAGUUGCAACAACCUAGCUUACCGCGACCUGUAAGCAAUUACAGUAGGCGAGCCACGCAAAGCUAUCUCAUCGAGUCCUACGAAGUGCCAGACAGCCAGAUUCCGGAUGAGGACAGCCCGGAGCAGGCGGCGCGCAAUAGACGCGACGGCAACCAGCGGCCACAUCGCUCUGGCCAUCGUCAGCAGCUGCAGCAGGACAAGCGGGAUCAUCGCCGCCAACGUCAGCAUCAACGGCAGGAGCAGAGACUGCGCCAACACCAGCCGCCCCAGCAGCAGCGGAGGAAGCAUCCCCGGAAGCACAGGGGACGACAGCGGGCCGGACGCUACUGCUCGGCCCGGGAUCCCGCCCAACUGGCCUACUCGGCGCCCACCGUCUUCCAGGGCGUCUUCAUUUCCAUGUCGGCCGACCGGCGGGUUAACUUCUCGGCCACCAUGAAGGUGCUCAAGGUGUACAAGCAGCAGCGGGAUCUGCAGCUGCCCCAGCUGGUCCGGCUGCAGUUCGCCCUGCGCAACGCCAGCGGCGAGUGCGACAUCUACAGGGAGCGACUGCUGCCGCGGGGUGUACUCCGUUCCGGGAACGAUCUGCAGCAGUCCUCCGAUAUAUCCUACAUGAUGUUUGUCCAGCAAACGAAUCCGGGAAACUUUACCAUCCUAGGCCAGCCCGUGCGGGUCACCCACUCGGUGAUGGAAUCGGUCAAAAUGGCUGUGAGUGAAAAUUAUGCACAGAACGCAUCGAUCACGUCGAUCACCUCGGUGCCGAGCACGACCAUCGACAAUGGCCGGGAGCUGCGGAUCGUUUGCAAGGUGUCCGGCCAGCCACCGCCGAAGGUCACCUGGUUCAAGGAUGACAAGUCCAUCAAUCGCAAGCGCAACGUUUACCAAUUCAAGCAUCACAAAAGACGUUCCGAGCUGAUUGUGCGCUCCUUCAAUAGUUCCUCCGAUGCGGGCAAGUACGAGUGCCGUGCCAAGAACAAAGUCAGCAAGGCGAUCAUCAAGCGCCGCAUCAUGAUCAAUGCCUAUCCAGUUGCCUCUCGGCCGGACCAGACACGCAGCUCGGGCACCCCCUGUCACUUUCCUGACUUCUGCUUCCACGGCGGCACCUGCAUGCUGAUCCCGGAUCUGAACGAGUUCUAUUGCAAUUGCCCGAACGGAUACUUCGGCGAACGUUGCGAGAACAGUAGGCCCGACAGUAGGUACAGCAAUAGUAAUCCCGAAUUUUGCGACAAUUAUCAUGGAGGUUAUUACUGCUAAAAUAGGCACUUCUAUAGCAUCGAUUGUUUUAGAUCGAGUCAAGCGACCAAUCGAAACUGAAACAGAAACUGAAACUGAAACUAAACACAAAAAAACAA